AUGUCGUCCCCUCGUCAAGUCGUCUCCACCACCAAUGCGCCCGCCGCCCUCGGCCCGUACUCGCAGGCCAUCAUCGCCAACAACAUGGUCUACGUCUCCGGCCAGAUCCCAAUCAACCCGGUGUCCGGUGAGAUCGAGGCCCAGGACAUCACUGGCCAGACCGAGCAGGUCCUGAAGAACCUCGAGGCCAUCCUGGUCGAGGCCGGCAGCAGCAUCGCCAACGUGGUCAAGACCACCUGCUUCCUUGACGAUAUCAACGAGUGGCCCGCCAUGAACGAGGUUUAUGCCAAGGUCUUCCACACCGCUCCCCCCGCUCGCUCUGCGUUUGAGGUCGGCAAGCUGCCCAAGAACGCCAAGGUCGAGAUCGAGGCCAUUGCCAAGCUCUAA